CAAUUCUCAUUCUUUCGCUUUGUGCCGAUUAGCCACGUUGUUAAUGAGAGAAUUUCUCUUCUAAUCUGUGUAAAUGUUUCGCAAAGAGCAUACAGGAGAUUAUUCCGAUGUGGAAAACCAAAGGAAGGAUCUCGAGAGAUGUCUUGAGAAGUUGGAAAAGGAAAAUAGAAAGCUGAGGAGGAAAAAGAAGAGGAAAAGUCAUCGUCGCAGGAAUAGAUCGAGUGACGCGGUUACUGAUGAGUCGUGGUCGAGCGGAUAUCGUGACCGUUUCAGAUAUUCCAGAGCGAGAUCUUUUGGUUCGGAUCGGUCUGUUUCUUCGAUUCCUCCAGAUAGGAGUGAACAAGAAGACAACCCGGCAGAUGACAGGCAUGCAGGUCAGAUACAUCGGGUUUUGCUGGAUUCCACGAGUCAGUUGACAAAUCUACGGAACAUCCCUGUCGAUGACGUGCCACUGGUAGAUUCUGGUGAGCCAGCGGUAUUGAACACAGAAGCUGCGUUACGUUCUGAUAUUUUAGACAUUUUUGGCAAGCGUAUUUGCGAAGAAAGAGUCUUCGGUCCCCCAGUUCUUAAAGAUCUGGUGGUACGCUGCGAAGACGUUAUUAAAGAGGGUCUGUCGGAGGAAAUUAAAGUAGAGGUCUUGAAGAAAUAUCCACCUCCUAGUAACUGUACGUCCAUUGAUCGUCUUAAACUAAAUCCUGAGUUCAAAUCUGUUGUCCAGGAGUUAGUUGCCAAGAGGAAUGACCGCAUUCGGAAAAAACAGGAAAAGAUUACUGCUUCCUUGGCGCUUGCAAUGCAGGCAAUGUCUAUUGUUGUGAAGGGGAAGGAGAAUCCUGAAAUGCUGUCUUUAGUUAAAUAUUUGUUCGGUUUGAUCCAGCUAUUGGCGGAUCUGCAGCACGAUGAGUCUUUUGCUCGUCGAAGCCUGAUAUUAGCCAAUAUCAACGCUUCUCUUCGAGAUGCCGUCAACGCAUCUGGCUGCGGAGAAUUUUUGUUUGGAAGCAAUUUGGAAGAGGUGUUGAAGAAUGCAAAGACGUUGGAAAGUUCCUGCAGGGAGCUCAAGGUCGCUCAAAGAUCGCAACCUUUGAAACAAACAAAGAACUUGAAAUUCCCGCCCCGUCAACCUCAGACCAGGAAUUAUCCAGCGGCGUCGGGCGGGCAGAAGCCAAGGUAUCACUUGCUACAAAAGAAGCAGCCGCAGUUUGUUCAGAAACCUCGCUACCAGAGACGCGAUCGCGAUCGGAACUGAGAUCGGGAUCAUUUGAAAAAACGUUAGAGGAACGCGUCAAAAUUUUGGAAGAACCUUACCCUGGUUGCAGGAGUCUUGUCCGGAUGAGCAUCGAGAGGAAGGAGGUUCCAAAAGAUUCAAUGAAAAUAUUGUUGGCAUCGCUCAGCGACUCAUCAUGGAAACAAUAUGAUUCCGCUUUGAGGAAAUGGUGGUCUUUUUGCCAAACGAGAAAAAUCAGCCCGUACUUAAAUUCUGUUCCAGAUGUUUUAACUUUUCUGACAGAAGCAUUUGAAAGGGAGGUUCUCAAGGCACUUUGAAUUCUUAUAAAUUCGCUAUUUCGUUGCUCGUAGGUCCAGAGCUAGCUCAGGAUUUUAGGUUAAAAAGAUUUUUCAAGGCGAUGAGUAGAUUAAGGCCGUCGAGGCCUAAGUAUAGUUCUACUUGAGAUCCGAAGAUGGUCUUAGAUUAUUUAGUUACGUUGCUGCCAAAUGAGAAAAUGAACUUGAGAGACUUGUCGUUAAAACUUAUCAUCUUACUCGCUCUUACUACGGGUCAUCGAAUGCAAACCUUUUCGCUAAUAAAAUUAGAAAAUAUUCAGCGGAAAAGUAACCCAUAAAAAACUUCAAAAAAGUAAAAAAAUUACGCCAAGUACAUGAAAAAGUGGAGGAUUCAAGGAGUUAUCAUAGAAAAAUAAAAGAUCCCCAUAAAAAACUACAAGAAAGUAGAAAAAGAUGUGAAAUCAAAAUGAGCAGCCAGUACAUGAAAGUCCUUUCCAAUAAAGUGCAAAGGCGACACUGCGUAACACAAUGUAAAAUUCGGUGAUUUCCAACUAUGUGCAGCUAAAAUGCUGUAUUCAACAGUGCUCCACACUUUAGCGGUGACAUGAAGAAGUUAAAUAGCGUAUCAUCCACAAACUGAGGCUGUUUAAAAAUUUGCCUUGAUGUCCGCGGCCUGGAAGUGAAAUGCUUGACGUGGCCAACUAAGCCAUUCUCAGAUCAUCAAGACCAAUACUUUCUCUCUCGCAGGCUUUUACAUAAUUUUUCAAUUUAAAAUUCUGACAAUAUCAUGAGUACACUUUCAUUAUUUUGCGUUUUAAAAUAAUUCUUAUUCAUCAAAACCUUGACCUUGCCUGGCCACCCCUAGCAUUUGACUUCCAGGCCGCGGUCAUCAAGGCAAAUUUUUAAACAACCUCAGUUUGUGGAUGAUACGCUAUUUAACUUCUUCAUGUCACCGCUAAAGUGUAGAGCAGUCACUUUACAUGAAUUGUCAUUAGGAUCUGAACGUCCGCACUGUUGAACACAGCAUUUUAGCUGCACAUAUAUAGAAAUCACCGAAUUUUACAUUGUGUUACACAGUGUCGCUUUUGCACUUUAUUGGAAAGGACUUUCAUGUACUGGCUGCUCAUUUUGAUUUCACAUCUUUUUCUACUUUCUUGUAGUUUUUUAUGAGGAUCUUUUAUUUUUUAAUGAUAACUCCUUAAGUCCUCCACUUUUUCAUGUUAAUAUAAUACCGGUAUCAAGCAUUAAGUUACGUCAGUGGUUCACAACCACAACUCAGAUCAAUUCACUGAGUCCUCCUUGACUCCUUGAGUCCUCCACUUUUUCAUGUACUUGGCGUAAUUUUUUUACUUUUUUGAAGUUUUUUAUGGGGAUCUCACUUCUUUUUACAAAGAUAAUUUGUAUAGUGAAUGAUUUCAAAUAAUAGAAAAUGGGAGAUCAGUUUGAAUCCAUUAAGGUUUCAAAAGUACGUGGAACGCAUUGCAGUAAGUCUCAUUGCAAGCAAUUUAUUAAAGAAAAAAUGUAAUUAGUUUAUCAGUAACAUUUAAAUGCAACAUGACUUUCUGUCAUGUGUCGUGCAUACUUUUGAGAACUUAAAGGACUAAGUCUGACCUUUCUUUUUCUAUAUUAUUGUAAUACAAUAAAUUAUCUAUUACAAAUAGUGGAUCUCUGUUCAUUCUCUCAUAUUCUCAUUAUUUAAAUUUGUUAUAAGACUUUCUGCCAUGUGUUCUGUGAACGUAUAUGAACUGUAUUCUAAUACAAUAAAUUGUGCGUUACAAAUAGAUCAUUUCUUUUUUUCAUUUCUCGCUUCACCUUUAACAUUUAAAUUUCUUGCAGUGAGACAUCUUGCCAUGCGUUCUGUAUACUUUUGGAAACUUAAAGAACUGAAGCUGAUCUCUUUCCUAUAUCUGGCUUCAGACACAUUAUGUAUAUUGUAGACUCUACGCUUACUAUAAUAAAAGACAAAUGCAUUUUUAUUUUAAGCUCUACAUUAGUUAGCAAGUAAAAUAAGGUUUGUAUGUGUUAUUUACAAAUAAAAUUAAUGUCAUAUGAAUAACGCACAAUUUAUGAUAUUACAAUACCAGAUUCAGUCCCUUAAGUUUUCAACAGCACACAGAACGCAUGGCAGAAAGUCUUGUUGUAACAAACUUAAAUGUUAAAAAUGAAGUAUGAAAUGGAAAAAGAGGUCCACAUUUUCUAACGCACAAUUUAUUAUAUUACAAUACCAGAUUCAGUCCUUUAAGUUUUCAAAAGCACACAGAAUGCAAGGCAGAAAGUCUUGUUGUAACAAACUUACAUGUUAAAAAUGAAGUAUGAAAUGAAAAAAGAGGUCUACACUAUUUCUAACGCACAAUUUAUUAUAUUAUAAUACCAGCUUCAGUCCUUUCAGUUUUCAAAAGUAUACAGAACGCAUCGCAAAAUGUCUUGUUGCUAGAAAUGGAAAUUUUAAACAUGAAAUGAGAAAUAAAGAAAGAGAUCCACUAUGUGUAACGCACAAUUUAUUGUAUUAGAAUAAAAUUCACAAGUAUGCACAACGCGUGGCAGAAAAUCUUGUUG